CUCCGAAGAAGAGACUUCGGUUAUUCUCGGGUUUGGUCGUCAACUCUCGGCCCUUCCCGGUUUUCCCUCUUUUCCCUGGGUUGCAGCUGCGUUCCCAGCGCCAGGAGCUGGCUGGAAGGGGGGAGCCUGAGGAACGGGAGCGCUUCGUGGGCAAAAGAAUCCUGUGCACCACAACUUCUUCCACGACGCCUUUGAGAUCCUGAGCUGUCAUUUGCCUCUCCUCCCUAGCCCACCUCCAAGUGCUGGAUUAUGCUCGUCACGUUCUGCCUUUGCUUCAUCAUCUGGUUGAAUCGUGGCUUCAAGUUACGGGAACGACGGGGCUGUACUUAGGGCCCAGCCGUUCAUGCCAGCGGACCCAGGAGAGCUGUCGUUUCACCUUCAUGCAGAGUUUUUGAGAGGGAAGUGGGACAGCCACCCUCAGCCCACUCCUCUUUUCCAUUUUUUCCCUCACUGGUGCAUUUGCUUGGCCUUUUCCAGGGGACUAUGGGGAGCACGGAAGGCUUCCAGUAUCGGGCCCUCUACCCUUACCGUAAGGAACGCAACGAAGACAUCGAUCUGUUACCUGGUGACACCUUGGUGGUGAGCAAGGGGGCCUUGCAGGCACUGGGCUUUAAGGAUGGAGAUGAGCAAAUGCCAAACCAGAUUGGCUGGAUUCUGGGGGUCAACGAGCGCACCAAACAAAAGGGGGAUUUCCCAGGCACCUAUGUGGAGUAUGUGGGGCCAGUGAAAAUCACUCUUCCAUCCCAUCGUCCCAGGGUCACCAGGCCUCUGCCCGCGACUCCUGGAACAGGAGCAUCCCAUGCUCCGGAGGAUCAAGGGGUGACACUUCCAGAACUUUCUGAGCAGUUUGCCCCACCCGAGGUCGCCCCACCUCUGCUGUGUAGGCUGGUGGAUGUGAUUGAGAAGAAAGGGUUAGACAGCAAGAUGCUCUACAGAACAUCUGGCUCCGAACUAAGGCAAGCAUUGAGAACCGACUGGGCUGUGACUGGCGAUUUGGAGGCCUUAGAUGUGCAUUCCCUGGGCGAGGCUCUCAAGGGGUACCUGCAAGAUCUGCCAACCCCGGUGGUACCCCCUUGUGUGCAGGGUGAAAUCUUACGAGUGCUCCAAGAUGUUACCCAAACAGAGCUUUGUCAAAAGCAACUGCUUUCGGUGUUGGAGUCUCCAGCCAUGCCUCUGCCACACCUCCUCACUUUCCAGUUCCUGCUCCGGCACUUUUCCAAGGUGGCUGAACAAGCUGAAAGCAAUGGAUUGUUGCCUCGAACCCUGAGUGAGAUCUUUGGGGUUCUGCUCCUUCGGCUCCCUGCAGCUACCAGCUCUGAGACGACACCUGACUUUCCAACCCUCUUCCUGGAGACCCUUCUGCAGACCAAGGACACUGAGCCAGAUCUUCCCCCUCCAGCUCUGCCUCCGAAGCCACCCAAAGCGAAACCUGCAGCAGUCUCUCUAACCAACGGGAAUGGCACAACCCUGCAGGAUGCAGAGUGGUACUGGGGAGACAUCUCCAGAGAGGAAGUGAAUGAAAAGCUCCGAGACACUCCUGAUGGUACCUUUCUGGUGAGGGAUGCUUCUAGCAAGAUCCAGGGUGAAUAUACAUUGACUCUCCGGAAAGGGGGAAACAACAAACUGAUAAAGAUUUUCCACCGGGAAGGCAAAUAUGGUUUCUCAGAGCCGCUGACCUUUGGCUCUGUGGUGGAACUCAUCAACCACUACCGGCACGAGUCCUUGGCCCAGUACAAUGCCAAGCUGGACACUCGGUUACUGUACCCAAUCUCCAAGUACCAGCAGGACCAGGUAGUGAAAGAGGACAGCGUGGAAGCGGUUGGGGAGCAGCUGAAAGUCUAUCACCAGCAGUACCAGGACAAGAGCCGCGAGUACGACCUUCUGUACGAAGAAUACACACGCACCUCACAGGAACUGCAGAUGAAACGGACGGCCAUUGAGGCCUUCAAUGAAACCAUCAAGAUCUUUGAAGAGCAGUGCCAGACGCAGGAGAAAUGCAGCCGGGACUACGUGGAGCGCUUCCGGAGGGAAGGGAACGAGAAGGAGGUGCAGCGGAUCAUGAUGAAUUCAGAAAAGCUGAAGUCUCGCAUUACGGAAAUUCAUGACAGCAAGAUGAAGCUGGAGCAGGACCUCAAGCAACAGGCCUCUGAAAACCGGGAGAUCGACAAGCGCAUGAACAGUCUUAAACCUGACUUGUUGCAGCUGCGCAAACUCCGUGACCAAUACCUUGUAUGGUUGACCCAGAAGGGAACUCGUCAGAAGAAGAUCAAUGAAUGGCUUGGCAUCAAGAGUGAAACUGAGGACCAAUACUCCAUGAUGGAGGAUGAAGAAGAGCUGCCCCAUCACGAUGAGCGGACGUGGUAUGUAGGCAAGAUCAACCGCAUCCAGGCAGAGGAAAUGCUGGUGGGCAAACGUGAUGGAACCUUUCUUAUUCGGGAGAGCAGCCAGCGAGGGUGCUAUGCCUGCUCUGUUGUGGUGGAUGGAGACACCAAACACUGCGUGAUUUACAAGACAGCAACAGGCUAUGGCUUUGCAGAACCUUACAACCUCUACGCCUCGCUUAAGGAGUUGGUUUUGCACUACAAGCACACCUCCCUCGUGCAGCACAAUGACUCACUCAAUGUCACACUGGCACACCCGAUCCUCUCCCAGCCUCCACCAAGAUGAACACUUGUCUUCUCUGCCACUUUCCACUUCCUACCCUUCCAGAAUCUUCGAUGAAUGGCUUGCCUUUCCUUGACUGCCCCAUAGGAUCAAAAACCCCUCAGAUUUCCUUCUUGUGUUCACCGUUAACUAUGCCUGUUGUUCAAUAUCUUGCUUUUCAUCGGUGGCUCUCCUCUUCUACUUCAUUUUCCUGCCUACCCUCAUUUCUCUAAGCCGGUAUUUUUCAACCUUGACAAUGUUAAGAUACUUGGACUUCAAGUCUGCAUGCUGGCUGGGGAAUUCUGGGAAUUGAAGUCCAUGCAUCGUAAAGUGGUUAAGGCUGAAAAUCACCUAGGCGCUAUAUAUAUAUAUAUAUAUAUAUAUAUAUAUAUAUAUAUAUAUAUAUAUAUAUAUAUAUAUAUAUAUAUGUAGGUCUUUGGUUGUUCAUUUUCUCCUAGUGGCUUUUUUGGUGCUAGGGAUCUUACCUUACACCGCUGGGCACGAUCUCAGCAGACAAGCUAUUCUUGGGAAUUAAAGGUGCUUCUGCAGGCUGGCAAUCCCUAAGAAUUUGGGGAGAAACCAUCAUUUCCUUUCCUCUCUUUCUCCCUCCUGGAUUUGCCUGGGAAGGGCGGGAUGAGAUGGUUAAGAACUCCUCUGGCCUUGCAUCCAUCUAUGUUGGCAUCCACCUGGCACAACUCAGCCUGCUUUGUAGUGACUCUCCCUCCCUUGUGCCGGCUUCCUCUUCCUUCCCCAGUGUAUAGUGAUAUGACAGUAAUCCGUUCUAGCUUCCUAUGCAGCUGCUUCUGUUCUUAAAUAUGCAAAAAUGGAGAGCAGGAAAGAAAACUCCAUUAUAGUAGCCUUUGGAAGCUUCUCCCCAUCCUUUCAAUCUGCCUUGCUUGCCAAGCACUUUACCUGCUGCUGAAUGGGUGGGGGGGGGGAAAUGGAGGCAGAUUCAAAUGCCCUCACACUUCAGCCUUCCCCCUUGGCUCCAUUUAAGCAGGAUGCAGAGCCUGCCUCUUCUUUGAACACUGAUGCUGAGGCUAACAGGCCGUGCUGGAGACCCUCAGCCUUCCUGUGAGACCAGGUGUAACACCUUUCUGAUAGAACUGCACUUCAGCAUCCCAGCCGGUCCUGCUUCUCAGGACUGUACCUGUCCAUAUUUCUGGAUGAACCUGGAGAUUGGUGGUUUGACUGCAUGCUCUUUGGCAUAAAGCCAUAAACUCAUUUCCCACUUGUGCCCAAAAGGAAGCGGGGGGAGACGUUCUUGGUAAUUCUCAAUACUAGGCUUUGUCCACCUGUAUUACCUGGCCUGCUUUAUAUAGUGCUGGCUUCCAUUUCUAAGAGCUGGUCUAAAGCCAUUCGAUCUGUACAACUCAUAUCGGACGUAACCCUUGUGAUUUUUGUCUUGUGUGGGCACAUGCAAUGCUCUUUGUCCUGAGCCUGCAUUUUUUUUUCUUUUGUCUUCCUAUUAAAGGCCCUUUUUGAUGUCAUUGCUGACCUCCAGUAAAGGAUGGAAUUAUUAUUAUUUUUUAAUUCUCAUCAUUCUUUUCCAGUUAGCAAGGAGGAGGGCUCUGUCUUGGUUCACGGCCAUAUGCCUCUCUGGAUCUGCAUGUUCCUCCCAUGCAGGGCGGAGGAAGCUCGAGUGAAUGGUUUCCAGCAGCAAAAGUUUUCUUUGUUUUGUGUGUUCUCAUUCUAGAUAUAUGCAAUAAUACCAAGCACCUCUCUUAUUUCCCUUCCUCACAUCAUUCCAGCCAUACUUUCCAGGCUCCUUCACUUUAAAAAAAGGAAAGAAAUGUUUAUUACAUCAUUGUAAGCUCCAGUAUUUGCGUCAGAAUUUGUUACUGUAAGAUAAAAAGAAAAUGAAAAGUUUUGUACGGUACUUCAACAUUAAAAAAAAUAAUAAAAUGAAAUGUGUUAAUGCAAAA